UAUGUGAGUGAUACUGAGAAGAGGAGUGAGCUCACACUCAUAACUCACACUCUCACACACACAGACAGAUGGAGGGAUCUAUGUAGCAGCAGCGGAGGCAGCAGCAGUGUGGUGUGGGACAGAGGGGAUUGUUGUUGCUUGGCUGAGCUGGGACCUGCCCUGUCUGAUGGAGAGCAGAAGGAUGCAGAAUAGUGAGCCUAUUCUUAAGUAUGUGGCGUUGAGGUGAAAGAAGUGUUCGUUGGGAAUCAUGUGACUUCAAAGAGAAUAUUACACUAUAGGGUCUCCAUCAUGGCUUCUGUGAUGUGGACCUCUCUCCUCCUCUCCCUUGCUCCUCUCCUCCAUCUUCAAGCCUUUACCUUGGCUCCAGAGGGCACCACAAAGGCACCAUCACACCCACAUACAGACACACAGAUCGAUGACCCAGUACUGGCCUCACACAGCACUGUAUGGCCCUCCUGGGCUCCUGUAGUCCCCACCGCUGUAGCCAGAAUGGCCGACUCUCUGGACUCGUUUCCAGGGCUGAAAGACUCCACAUUGGCACCCGAGGAAACUGAGAAAAAGGACAACAAAGAUGAGUUUCGGGGAACUAUCAGUGACUACACAGAGACCCAAGGCUUUAAUCCACUCACUAGACCUACAUCACCAGCCACAGUGAAUGCACAGCUAGGGUCUACAACUGACUCGGACCAACACCAACCCAGAGCCCAGGCCACAAACAGAGAGUUGUUAGCUCUGGACUUCUCAGCCACUCAACAGAGAGACAUACUGGAGGGAGAUAUCAUGGUGGAAGGGAUUGGAGACGAGUUACAGGACUUCACAGAGGAAACAGGAACAGACACAAGUGUGUUUCCAGAGGAGGGGUGGCCAAAGUCGGCCACCAAUGAGUCGGCUCUCGUCGACUGCAGCCUUGACACCAGAACCACACCCUGCAACACAACUGAUCAAUCCUGGAGCCCCUUUUACCCAGAUGACAUCAUCUCCAAUCAAUCCCAGCGCCCCUUUCUGUCUCUAACCCCUCCUCUCUUUGUACCUCUGUAUUCUGAUUGGAACUCAGCUCUGGCCACCUGGGGCUUUGCCUGGGAGGCCCACAUCUACGGUCUGGGAUCUGUGUUCACUGCAUUAGGUCUGAUAUCUGUACUCUGCCUGUUAGGUUUGCCCCUGCGCUGCCCCCCAGGAAGCCCCUACUUUACCCUGCUGCACCUGUUCCUUCUAGCCACCGGAGGCACUAGAGCAUUCUCUCUCCUGUAUGAUGCUUAUAGUCACCAGGACCACCUGCCUGCUCUGGGCUUUCUCCUCCUCUCUGAACUACCGUUCCCCUGCCUCACCUCUGCCUUCUCCGUCUGCUUCCUCCUCCUCUCUCUCCGCUCUCGCAUGCACCUCUCCCUUCAUUUUUCCCUCUCUCUCUCCCUCCCUCUCUCCACCCUGCCCAGGCCUUGUCUCUUGUUCUUCCUCUCCCUGAUGCACUUCGGGGCCUUCCUGGGCUCCAUAGCUCUAUUCCAUGUCUUCCCCAGCCUCCCUGUCCUCCUCCUGCUCCCCCAGGGAAUGUUAAUCCUCCUCUGCCUCCUCCUCCCCUGCUCCUUCCUCCUCUUCUACUGCCAUGUACGACAAGACGCCAAACACAUCCAACGGCUGAGUGACGGCGAGGGAGAGGUAACAGGUUCACCAGUUAUGGUGGGGCGGCUGUCCCGGUGCCCAUUCGCUGAGGCUGAGGAGUGGAGAAGGGCAGCAAGGGCUGGAGUGGGAGGGGCUCUGUGCCUGUUAGGGUGUGGGGGGCUUCAGCUGUAUGGGAUGUUACAUGCAUUAGGGUUCGGAGGGGUGAGUGCUGGGGCAGGGUUCCAGCCCUGGCCUUGGUGGGCAUACCACCUGGGCUGCAGGCUCUGUGAGGUGGGGGUGUGUCUGUCCCUGUCAAUCAUCGGCACUCAGCCUCUCCUCUUCUGUUGCUCCAACUCUAACUCCUCUUCCCAGACUAAAAUCAACACCAACACCUGUCAGGGGUCCUGGGCGCGGCUGCCCUGUGCCUCCCCGGCAGGAGGGCCUAGCCACCCACUUCCCCUCUCUCCCAUCCUCCCCCCUCACUACCCCUGGUCCCUUGGGCAGAAAGAGAAGCAGGUGGUGUGUGAUGUCAUCAGGAAGCGCCAGUCCGAAACUCUCCCCCUCUACACACUAAUGGAACCCUCUUCAAAUGGACUGAACCUGCAUCCUAACCCCAACCCCCACCCUGGCCAGACCAAAACCUCCAGACACCCCAACCUCCCUGAUCCUCCAAGCCCACCAGGGAGACUUCAAGCUGGGGUUGAGUCCCAGGGCUCCUCCCAGGGUAGUCUAUGUCUGGACACUGACUCCACAGUGGACCUGCACCCCCCCUCUCCCAUUGACCUGUCCCGCAGCAUAGACCAGGCCCUGUACAGCGAGACCCUGUUCCCUCACAGUCUUUUCAGCCCCUCCAGGCUGUUCCACGCCUCUUCCAGCCUCUCCUUGAACUCCCCUGGCUCCCACCACAGCCAGAGUGCCACAUGGCCUGGAAACAGCUCAGCUGACAGUCCCCUCUACCGGACCUCUUCCUGUGGAGAUGUGGAUAUGUCUCCUACACGGCCUCCCCAGCCGGGAUGCAUUCUCCCAGGCCACAGCGAUCCCUGCUGUCCACCUGAAUGCUGGUGGAGAGGUAGGAACUCCAGCUAUCUGUGCCAGGAGUCCCUGAGUGGGUCUUCCCAGGGUCUGUUCUCCAGCUCAGGGACAGGAGGGGCAUGGUCACACCCCCACACCACCAGAGGGCAGCCUUCCCAGAGCAGCCUGCCCAGGACACUCCCCCACCUUACCUAUCACAGACGUUACCGCACCCUCAGCUCGGCCUCUCAGGACAGUCGGGGGGAGGGGCGGCUGGAGGGCAGAGAGGACCUGAGUGAAAGCAGGUUGCUAGAACGGGAUACGGCCGUACAAGCGGAAUUCGUCAACGUGUGCCGACAGAUCGAUGCUCUUAGCGUGUGCAGUGACACUAUUGACCUGUAGGCAGAUGCUACAGGGUUUGAACCAUGCGUCAUCUAUGUGCCACAAGAACGUAAGGAUAUGACAUGUAUAAUGCACAGAGAUUAUAUAUUGACCUCUAGUGAGAGCUAAGGACUUAACUAAUACGCUACACUUAGUGUUUGAGUGAUGUUAGCAUUCAGAUCAAGCAGCUUUUUCACUGCUACAACAGAAGUGCACAGAGGUAGAACUAACUAUCAGUUGCCGUUUUAUGGGGAUUCUACACAUAGAAAAUAGACUUAUAGAUAGUUAUGUUUGAUUAGUUAUAAGCUGUAUAUAACUGUACGGUUAGUUCCAAAAUGUGCUAAAUGAACAAUGAACUUACUGAAACAACCAAAGUAGAACUGAUUUGAAGAACUUUGAAUACGAAAUGUCAGUGUAGUGUUGAUGAUAACCAUACCAAUAUGCAAGAUCACGUAAUGCUUUAGUGCCGUCUACUGGGGGAGAGGGAACAUAAAGUGUAACUCAUACAUUAUAGCUGUUUUUUAAUAAACCGUUUAUAAAGAA